AUGCCACCACACUUCCCUGAUAUCGAGAACAAAGCAGCUCCCAAAAUCCCCUACUUUACUCCUGCCCAGAAUCCCCCGGCAGGAACCGGUGCCAACCCGCAAUCUGAUGGAUCUACCCUUCCCAAAUUGUUUCAACCUUUCUCGGUACGGGGUCUGACGUUCCACAAUCGCAUUGGACUAUCUCCUCUGUGCCAAUACUCCGGCGAUGAUGGCCACAUGACGUCCUGGCAUACCGCCCACCUAGGCGGCAUUGCACAGCGAGGCCCCGGAUUCCUCAUAGUCGAAGCAACGGCUGUCGAACCCGAAGGCCGAAUAUCUCCGCAGGAUCUAGGAUUAUGGAAGGACUCGCAGAUCGAGCCCAUGAGACAGGUGAUAGAAUUCGUGCACAGCCAAAACCAGAUCAUCGGAGUGCAGAUCGCCCACGCUGGUCGAAAGGCAAGUACCGUGGCACCGUGGCUUUCGUUCGCCGAAACUGCCUCUAAGAAAGUCGGCGGAUGGCCAGACCAUGUGAAAGGCCCUACUAAUAUCCCAUUCUCCGAUCGUUUCCCUAUCCCCCAGCAGAUGACGAGGCAGGAUAUCGAAGAUUUCAAACGUGCGUGGAAAGCAGCCGUGAAACGGGCCGUUCAGGCGGGUGCUGACUUUAUCGAGAUCCAUAAUGCGCAUGGGUACCUUCUCAUGUCGUUCCUGUCGCCCGUAGUGAACACGCGGACGGACGAAUACGGUGGCAGCUUUGAUAAUCGUAUCCGUCUCAGCCUCGAGAUUGCUAAGCUUACUCGCGACGCCGUCCCGGACGAUAUGCCUGUGUUUUUGCGCGUGUCGGCAACUGACUGGUUGGAAGAAGUCUAUCCCUUGCAGCCGAGCUGGCGGGUGGAAGACACUUUGAAGUUUGCCCAGGCGUUGGCCGACAGCGGUAGCGUCGACGUGUUGGAUAUUAGCAGUGGUGGGACUCACGCGGCGCAGCAAAUUCACGAGAAGCCGGGUUUCCAGGCUCCGUUCGCCAUUGCUGUGAAAAGGGCCAUUGGAGACAAGCUGCUGGUGGGUUCUGUUGGGUCAAUUAAUUCGGCUCAUCUGGCCAACUCGCUGCUCGAGAACGAUGGACUGGAUUUUGUCUUGGUUGGACGGGGAUUCCAGAAGAAUCCGGGGCUGGUGUGGGCUUUUGCGGACGAGUUGAAUGUGGAGAUCUCCAUGGCAAACCAGAUUCGAUGGGGGUUUUCGCGUCGUGGAGGUGGUCCUUUUUUGAGGAAGAGCCAGAAUAGAGCAUAA